AGAGAGAGGGGGGAGGGCAACCCCUGGACUCGAAUCCGCCCGCCUUUUCUGCACCUCAAGUAUGUCACGAGAAGGUUUUUGAUUUCGAUUUCAAUCUUCUCCUCGUUGUUGGCAGUCUGAAUUUAGAAUUCCCUCCCUUUAAUCCCUCGGAAAUCCUUGUUUUGGCCGCGAAGGAUCGCCUAGGGUUUUUGGUAUUCGGGGUUUUCGAAGGAUAUAGGGUUUUGUAAGAGUUGGGGUUGGUAGAUUACAGGUUUGAGGUUGCAGAAAAUCGAGAGGCGUGGAAGAAGAUGUCGAAGAGGAAGUUUGGGUUCGGGGGGUUCGGAAUCAACAAGCAGGCGACCUACAAUUUCGAGCGCUCACAAGCCCCUCAGCGCCUCUACGUCCCGCCAUCGUCGCGUGGUGGUGGGCACGACCACUACGACGAUCACGAUCUCGAUAACAUCGAAUAUGCUGAGAGGGACGAGCCCGGUAAUCAGGACAACGCUGGCGGCGGCGCCGGAGACGAUGGCGAGAUCGACCCCUUGGAUGCGUUUAUGGAAGGGAUUCAGGAAGAGAUGAAGGCGGCACCGCCCCAGUCGUCGCAGAAGCAGAAGGUGCGAAAGUUUGAGGAGGACGAGGAGGACGACCCCAUGGAGAGCUUCCUCAAGGCGAAAAAGGACGUGGGUCUGACGCUUGCUGCGGAUGCUUUGCAUGCUGGGUACGAUUCGGAUGAAGAGGUUUAUGCGGCUGCGAAGGCGGUGGAUGCGGGGCUGGUGGAGUAUGAUUCAGAUGACAAUGUUGUUCUCGUUGAUAAGAAGAAGAUAGAGCCAAUUGCUGCGUUGGAUCAUAGCUCCAUCGAGUACGAGCCCUUCAAUAAGGAUUUCUACGAAGAGAAGGAAUCCAUCUCUGGAAUGAGUGAGCAGGAAGUGGCUGCUUAUAGACAAAGUUUAGCCAUUCGAGUAUCUGGUUUUGAUGUAUGCAGGCCAAUAAAACAAUUUGAGGAUUGUGGAUUUUCUCCUCCAUUGAUGAAUGCUAUAGGAAAACAAGGUUACCAGAAGCCUACGCCUAUCCAGUGCCAAGCUUUGCCAAUCGUACUGUCUGGAAGUGAUAUAAUCGGGAUUGCUAAAACCGGUUCUGGAAAGACUGCAGCAUUUGUUUUGCCAAUGAUAGUUCAUAUAAUGGACCAACCUGAACUCAGUAAAGAGGAAGGUCCAAUUGGCGUCAUAUGUGCUCCUACAAGAGAAUUGGCACAGCAAAUCUAUCUAGAGGCAAAGAAAUUUUCCAAGUGUUAUGGAUUGCGUGUUUCUGGAGUCUUUGGUGGCAUGUCCAAGCUUGAUCAGUUCAAAGAGCUUAAAGCUGGAUGUGAGAUAGUUGUUGCUACACCAGGAAGGCUGAUUGACAUGCUAAAGAUGAAGGCGUUGACAAUGUUUAGAGCGACUUACCUUGUUCUUGAUGAAGCUGAUAGAAUGUUUGACCUCGGAUUUGAGCCACAAAUAAGGUCCAUAGUUGGUCAGAUAAGGCCAGAUCGUCAGACUCUGCUCUUUUCAGCUACCAUGCCAAGAAAAGUUGAACGUUUGGCCAGGGAAAUACUUACUGAUCCCAUACGAGUUACAGUAGGAGAAGUUGGCAUGGCUAAUGAAGACAUCACACAGGUUGUUCAUGUAAUGACUUCGGAUGCCGAUAAGAUGCCUUGGCUUCUCGACAAGCUACCUGAACUGGUUGAUGAAGGUGAUGUUUUAGUGUUUGCUUCUACAAAGACCAAAGUGGAUGAGAUUGAAGUGCAGCUACUCCAGAAGAGCUUUAAGGUUGCUGCUCUCCAUGGUGAUAAGGACCAGGCCUCCCGUAUGGAGGUUUUACAGAAAUUUAAGUCAGGGAUUUACCAUGUUCUUGUUGCUACUGAUGUUGCUGCUCGUGGUUUAGACAUCAAGUCUAUAAAAUCUGUUGUAAAUUUUGAUAUUGCAAGAGAUAUGGACAUGCAUGUUCACCGAAUUGGUAGAACAGGUCGUGCUGGUGACAAAGAUGGAACUGCUUAUACACUUAUUACACAGAAAGAAGCACGCUUUGCAGGCGAGUUGGUUAACAGUCUGGUUGCUGCUGGUCAGCAAGUAUCUCCUGAACUGAUGGAUCUUGCUAUGAAGGAUGGGAGGUUCAAGGCCAAACGGGAUGCAAGAAGGGGAUCUGCUGGGAAAAAGGGAGGAAGAGGGAAGGGUGGGGGUGGAAGAGGCGUGCGAGGGGUGGACUUUGGCCUUGGUAUUGGCUAUAACCCUGAUGCAUCAUCGAAGCCACAAUCCCAAUCGGCUCCCAGUCGGUCCGCUGCUGUCAAUUCAUUGAAAACAGGAAUGAUGGCUCAGUUCAGAAACAGCUUCGUUGCUGCAUCAUCUAAUUCUGAAGGGAGCAGUUUUGGUGCUUCAAAUGCUCCUGCAAUCAAAAGACCGACACUGCUUGGUUUUGUUUCCGGUGGCUCAAUUGGUGGGGAAGCCCCAAAAGCACAGUUGAGUGCUUGGGAUUCUAGUUCCAAGCCAAGCAGGGUUACGGAUGAGAGAUCCGGGGAAAAUGGGAGUCACAAUUCAUCUGAAAGUUCCAGGGAGAAGCCUCGUGAAAGACGGCGUCCAUCAGGGUGGGACCGAUGACCGAUUGCUCUUCUAUGAUGGAAUAUGAAUUGCUUUAACUAAUUAUCUGGUUGAAGUCUGCAAGAGAUAUUGUAUUUUAUGCCUAGUAAGUUCCAUUUUGUAUCA